AUGCCCCGCGACACUGCCCUUACCAGUAGCUACCAGGCGGCCCUGGCCAAUGGCGAUUUCGCCGGGCUCAAUCGGACCGCCGAGUCUGGCGACGAGACGUCCAAGUAUCCGGAGGUCUACGAGCUCCUGACCCCGUCGGGGCCGUCGCUCGUGCACCUGGUGUGUGAGCACGCCUCCAACCGGAUCCCCCCGCCGCCGUACUCGGCAGAUGGCACCUGGCCCGAGGAAGAUCAGUGGCUCGUGAACACGCACUGGGCUCUGGACAUCGGUGCCGAGGCGCUGACCCGCGAGCUGAGUGCUGCUCUCAAGGCCAAGACCGUGCUUGCGCGCUUUUCGCGACUCAUGUGCGAUGCCAACCGCGAGAUCGGCUCGGACACCAUGUUCCGCAAGGUGGCCGAUGGCGUGCCGAUCGCCCUUAAUGCCGUGCGUUUGGACUUGCAGCUGGACCCUGCCCUUCCGCCCAGCAGCCUGGCCUGUCUUGCUAACCGCACCCACCCUGUCACCCUGCCGCCCUGUCACCGCGACCCCCACCACGCCUUCGCCCACCUCUCGGGCAUGAAGAACAUGACCCCCGAGGAGGAGGCCAAGCGCGUGGCCCUCCUGUACAAUCCCUUCCACGAUGGUGUCACCGACAGCAUCCUCAGCUAUGUGCUCGAUCCGUCGCAGUCCGGGCCGCAUGCCCUCCCUCGACUGCUCCUUUCGGUUCACACCUUCACCGAGGUGUAUGAGAAUGGCGAGCCGCGUGACGUUGAAGUGGGGCUCCUGUUUGAUCGCCUGCAGCGCGACGAAAACUUCCGCCGUGGCGGCCCGGCCAACCAAACCAUCGCCGAGCAGAUUGUCUACCGCCUGCGCAAUGGCAACAAUGUCAUGGACUGCCCGGUUUCCUCCUCCUCCUCGGCAUCCAACGGGGCGGUGGCCAGCUCGCGAGAGAUGCCCACCGCGGCCGCCUCCUCUGAGGAGGACGUCCAGCUGGCCGGCGCGUCGUCGGCCACCGCCGAGGACAAGGCAAGUGGCACCGCCAUGACCGGCGGCAAGCCCGAGGCCGACACCUACCAGGCACCUGAGGACAUUCUCUGCCCCAUCGGGCCGGAUGGCUAUGAUGCCCGGCUGAAUGAGCCCUACAGUGGCCUGGACAACCCCUUCGCCUUCCUGGUCCGCCGGCAGUCGGACCGCGUGCGGGAGAUCCUGCUCGACCACUAUGACGAGCAUGAUCUCCUGGGCUCGCCGCCGGUGGUCGUGCCGCUGAUGAUCGAAGUCCGCAAUGAUCUGGCCGCCAAUCCCGCCUGGCGUGCCAAGUUCAUCCCCAUGUUCCUGGACGCCCUUCUGUCGGUGGGCUUCUUCUGA